AUGACUAGCGUAUAUACUUCUGAUUUGAAAAAUCAUAGAAGAGCACCACCUCCACCUCCGUCACUAUCAACUUCAAAUAUAAGUACAAUUAAUAAUAAUAAUAAUAAUUCAUCAACAAUUAGUAUUAAUUCAAACAAAAGACAAUCAGGCUGGGUACAUGUCAAAGAUGAUGGUUUAUUUACUUCAUUUAGAUGGAACAAAAGAUUUAUGAAUAUAAAUGAAAGAUCACUAAAUUUUUAUAAAAAUGAACCAAAUAUUACUGAAGUUAUUGUACCUGAUUUAUUAUUACCAUUAAAUUUAAUUAGUAAUGUUAAUUUAAAACCUCAACUGGGUCAUUCUAAAACUGCUCAAUCUUUUGAAAUUGUUCCAAAAAAUAAUGGUAAACCAAUACUAAUAUCUGUUAAAUCAAGUAAUGAUUAUACAGAUUGGUUAAAUGCUUUUUCAAAAUGUCCAUUAAUUCAAAUUGGUACUAAUUCAAGUCUACCUUCAUCAAAUUCAAAUAUAACACCAUCAAUAAAUACAACAUCUUUACUAAAUGGUGGAAAUUCAAGUGUAUCAAGUCCAAUAAAUUUUACUCAUAAAGUUCAUGUUGGUUUUGAUCCUGCAAGUGGUAAUUUUACUGGAUUACCAGAAACUUGGAAGAGUUUAUUACAACAUUCAAAAAUCACAAAUGAAGAUUGGAAAAAAGAUCCAGUUGCAGUUAUAGAAGUAUUGGAAUUUUAUUCUGAUAUAAAUGGUUCAUCACCAAAUACUCCUUUAAUUAAUAAUCAACAACAACAACAACCUUCAAAUAUUGAUCAAAAUAAUUCAACAAAUUUACAAGAAUGGACUAAACCACCACCAAAAAGUAAUGCACAACAAUUUAAACCAAAUAGAGCUGCUCCAAAACCUCCAGUUCCUUAUCAUUUAACUCAAGAACAAGCAGCUAAAAAUAUAUCACCAUUAAAUAAUUUAAUUAAUAAAUCAGAAGCACCAAUACCUAUCAGACGAGCUCCCCCACCACCUCAAUCAUCAUCACAGCCAAAGCCUAAACAGACUCCACCAUUAGCUCCAACUCCACCUUCUCAACUACCACAGCAACAACAACAACCACAAACAUUAACUCAAACCCAACAAUUACAACAACAACAUCACCAAACACAUCCUAAUUUAAAAAUACAAAAGAGUUAUAACACCGAUACACAACCAAAUGAACCAAUAAAACCAUUACAAUUAAAACCAAAACAGCAAAAGGAUACAACUCCUCCAAUGGGUCCAGUUCCAACUAAAACUCCAAAACAACUUAAAAAAGAAAGAGAAAGAUUAAAUGAUUUACAGAUUAUAGCGAAAUUAAAAACGGUUGUAAAUAGUAAUGAUCCGAAACCACUAUUUAGAAUAAUUGAAAAAGCAGGUCAAGGUGCUAGUGGUAAUGUUUAUUUAGCAGAGCAAUUAAGUAAUCAUCAAAAAAUUGCAAUUAAACAAAUGGAUUUAAAUGUUCAACCAAGAAAAGAAUUAAUUAUUAAUGAAAUUUUAGUUAUGAAAGAUUCUCAACAUAAAAAUAUUGUUAAUUUUUUAGAUUCUUAUUUAAGAAAAGAUACUGAAUUAUGGGUUAUAAUGGAAUAUAUGGAAGGUGGUUCAUUAACGGAAAUUAUAGAAAAUAAUGAAUUUAAAUUAAAUGAAAAACAAAUUGCAACAAUUUGUUUUGAAACUUUAAAAGGUUUACAACAUUUACACAAAAAGCAUAUUAUUCAUAGAGAUAUUAAAUCAGAUAAUGUAUUACUUGAUGCAAGAGGUUAUGUUAAAAUAACAGAUUUUGGUUUCUGUGCAAAAUUAACUGAUCAAAGAAAUAAAAGAGCAACAAUGGUAGGUACACCGUAUUGGAUGGCACCAGAAGUUGUGAAACAAAAAGAAUAUGAUGAAAAAGUUGAUGUUUGGUCGUUGGGUAUAAUGACUAUAGAAAUGAUUGAAGGUGAACCACCUUAUCUAAAUGAAGAACCCCUUAAGGCGCUUUAUUUAAUUGCUACAAAUGGUACUCCAAAACUUAAGAAACCAGAACAAUUGAGUAAUUCUAUAAAGAAAUUUUUAAGUAUAUGUUUAUGUGUUGAUACAAGGUAUAGAGCUAAUACUUCAGAAUUAUUAUCACAUUCUUUUAUAACUCACAAAAGCGGAUCAAUUGAAGAUCUUGCUCCCCUUUUGGAAUGGAAACAAAAAGCCUCUAUUGAAGAAAUUCAUGGUGAUAAUGAUGAUAAUGGAUUUUAA